AUGCUGAGACAUCAGGUAGAAAUAUUCUUCAGUUUUGGGCCUGAUUUGGCAUCGUUUGUGUUCGGAAAACUCCAAGGAUUUGCGGCCGGAGGGUCGAACAAGCUGAUCGGGUCGAAGUUUGAUGUCAGUCUAUCUGGACUUGACUCAAAAUCAUUAUCGCAGUGGUCUUCACUUUACCCUUGGAAUUCUUGCAAGAUGGCGGCAACACUCGUCCUUCUCUUUGCAGCUCCACGGGACAGUGAAUCUCUGUUUUUCGCUGUAAAAACACAGUCUCGCUCUCUUGGUGGUCUUCCCACGUUAGAACACAUACGUGAAACACCGUCUGCGUCGCUCGACACUGCGUAUCGCAGAGCUAAGCAAGAUGCUUUCGGAGACGGAAAACGUACGACAGUCAUGGCUGUAAACCUGACAGACGUGCAUAUCUUUGAGCUUGUGGAGCAGGGCAAAGCCCAACUGCAUUUCAGUUUUGCACACGUGUUCGUUAUUGCUGUCGGCCCAGAAGGUGCGGUCAUUUGGCAGUCGUGGGGGAAAUUUGGAUAUCGACUGGAUGAAUAUCUCAACCGAGGUGGAGGACAGCUCCGGGAUUGGCAAGAAGCGGACCAGUUUGUGAACGACUUCACAAAACUAGUUAGUGGCAAGGGCACCUGGACGGCCAAGCGGAACAAACUCUACGAGAGAUUGUUUCACAUCGAUCUUAACCACAUUUGCGGGCCCAAGGGGCUUGAAAAACCUCUGACAUCCAAAUUCAAGCCUUGGGUCCGGAUUAGUACCUUGGAGGACGUAAGGUAUGAACACGUUACAAAAUUCCGGUGGAGUGCUCCCUCUGUAGGCUGA